AAAAAGCAGCAAACAGUGAAGAAGAUUUGUGAUUUAUUGUGAGUGAGAGGGUGAGGACGACGAGCUGAGGACGACGAGCUGAAGACAAGCUGAAGACGAGCUGAAGAUGAGCUGAAGAUGAGCUGAGGACAAGCUGAAGACAAGCUGAAGACGAGUUGAAGACAAGCUGAGGACGAGCUGAGGACGAGCUGAGGACGAGCUGAAGACGAGCUGAAGACGAGCUGAGGACGAGCAGCUAACAAUGCUAACAUGCUCAAGUUUGUAUUGGACAAAGUGACAAACAUUGGCCUGAAGGUGGCGCCACCUCAGAACAUCAGAGUGGUUAUGAUUCAUGCUGAGGGAACAUGAACACAUGAACAAGUGUUACCAGCAGGGCGUGCUGUUUUCUUAUUCAUUGACAUGAGACAAGACAUGGAGGACGGUCUCACUGAUCUGCUCUCCAGUGUCCUCGAUGACCUACGUGAUGAUGUCAUCGAUGAUCUACAUGAUGAUGUCAUCAAAAACAUCAGUGGAGCUCAGCCGUUACAUCAGCUGCUCAGGUCACCGUGGCUUCACACCAUGAUGAAGGUUUAUGAACGUCUGUUACACUUCCAGCAGCUGAUGCCCCGCCCACUCCUGCUGUAUGCCGCACAACUCUCAAACGAGAUCAUCACUGUGAUACAAAACAGUCCCCGCCCAUCAGCUGACACCAGAGAGCUGCUCCGCCUUCUCAACUCACCACAUAUACAGGCUGUGCUGUGGUCACAUGACAGUGUGUGUCAGUCAGACGAUGGACUCGUGUCUCCGUGUCUUCCUGAUGAGGACAAACUUCAGGUGAGACAUCAAAAAUCCACAUUCUCAUAUUUUGUCGUUCAGAUCACAAGCAGAGCAGGUGCAGGGGGCGGAGUCUCGGUGGGCAACACCCGUCGCCUCACGCUGGAGCGUCUCGUUCCUUCCGGGAGGGCGUGGUCAGGGAAGGGGCUCAGAUUGACAGAGAGUGAAGUCAGGUUACUGCCCCUCCCCAGAGCAGGCAGACCACGCCCCUUCCUUCCUUGCUACCAGUCAACAGGAAGCUGCUGUGCAGAGAGGAGAGAGAUCAACCAAUCAGCUCCCUCCAUCUUCAGUCCCACAUCACAUGACGAGGGUGGAGCUGCAGGACACACUGAGGACUACGCUCGUCCUCCGCCUCCUGUCCCAGCUCUCAGCAUCAGUCUGCCCAACUCACCUGUCUCAUACAACCGUCCGAGGACCGUCCCCACACCCGGCAGGACCAACUGUCUCCGUGGUCUUCAUGGUGUCAACACGCGACCACACAAAGACCACACAGACCCUGACACUGCUCCUCCUCCUGCUCCUCCUCCUGCUCCUCCUCCUGCUCCUCGCACUGUAAAACUGAUACGAACCCAACAUCGACAACCGAGACCCCGGCGGCGUCCUGAGCCUGAGGAGCUGGUGGAGCAGAGCCGUGUGGACGAGCUCAGGCCCACGGUCCAGACGUCUCACAGCGUGGAGGACAGCGUCCAGGCUCUCGACCUUCUGACGGACGUGCUGGACAAACUGCAGGGACAUGUCACGGCCGGCAGACUUUCGUCACCUCCACCACGAGUCUCCUCAGUGUCUCCAAAACCUCCCACGCCUGAUCCACGGCACCGCCCCUCAUCAUCAUCAUCAUCUUCUUCUUCUUCUUCCUCGUCUUCUUCUCAAUCCUCCUCGUCUUCAUCCUCAUCUGUCACUUCCUGUGCAGAGGGUUCUCUGGUGGCGGUUAGCGCCCCCCACAGGCCGAGUGGUAGAAACGCACAGAUGAGGCUCAACGGGUCGGUUGCUAGGAUUUCUCUGGAUGAAGAGCAGGACGAUCACGACACGGGCUGUCUGAGGUCCAAGACGAGGAAGACGAGGAAGAUGAGGACGUAAACUGGCAGUGAGGCCCCGCCUCUCAGAUGAUUGACACAGUGGGCGUGGGUUAGCAGCACCUGUGUGGGCGUGGUCAGAACUUUAAUCCACAGCCAAGAAAAAAACUGUCCAGACAAAUAUUUGUUGAUGUUUGGUUGCAGUUGUGUUGCAGUAACCAUGGAAACAACAGAAUAACAGACAUUCACCAUGUCAUCA